CCCAAAAGUCAUGCUUUCGUUUUUGGGGUACAUUAUUAUUUUAAAUACCAUUUUUACUUACUUAUGUUAUAUACAUCAACUAUGAAUUAUAUUUUUUUUGUUUGAAAAUGCAUUAAAAUAUUUAAGUUAUGAAUUAAACUAAUAGCUACUCAGGGUCAUGUAAUUUAAAUGUAUUUGAAUAUUAACGGUCACACAGGUCCCCUAGUAGAAAGAAGUAUACUUAAAAUACAACAUUGGAACCCCUGGUGGCAAAUGGCGGAACUACGAAAAACUGUCAGAUUGGGAUCAGCUGCUGUCAUGAGAAAACAACAAUCGUUGUCCAGCCAAAAAGGUAUAAAAGGAGACGCAUUUCACACAAUCGGAUUCAGUCUUCUGUUGAUGGCUGGUAAGUCAAGUGUGAUUGGGAGGAAGAAAAGGCGCGCAACCUCGGUUGAAUUGAGUCUUAGUAAGCCAAACAAUAAGCCUUGACUAUUUGUGGAGACUGGACUGGACUGAACGCAGGGUCAAGUGAGGGUUGUAGCAAUACUCCCUAUUCUUCGGGCUGCGUUGACGGCGACUGAACGCAGGGUCAAGUGAGGGUUGUAGCAAUACUCCCUAUUCUUCGGGCUGCGUUGACGGCGACUGAACGCAGGGUCAAGUGAGGGUUGUAGCAAUACUCCCUAUUCUUCGGGCUGCGUUGACGGCGACUGAACGCAGGGUCAAGUGAGGGUUGUAGCAAUACUCCCUAUUCUUCGGGCUGCGUUGACGGCGACUGAACGCAGGGUCAAGUGAGGGUUGUAGCAAUACUCCCUAUUCUUCGGGCUGCGUUGACGGCGACUGAACGCAGGGUCAAGUGAGGGUUGUAGCAAUACUCCCUAUUCUUCGGGCUGCGUUGACGGCGACUGACGUACUCAUCGGGCUGCUGCUGUGCCAAAGCUGCCGCCACCCGAUUCGUCGUGCGCGUAUUCAUCAGGCCGCCGCUGUGCCAAGCUGCCGCCACUACUACUCGCCGCUGACGUAUUCAUCGGGCCGCCGCUGUGCCAAAGCCGCCGCCACCCUACUCGCCGCUGACGUAUUCAUCGGGCCGCCGCUGUGCCAAAGCCGCCGCCACCCUAUUCGCCGCUCGCCUAUCCAUCGGGCCGCCGCUGUGCCAAAGCCGCCGCCACCCUACUCGCCGCUGACGUAUUCAUCGGGCCGCCGCUGUGCCAAAGCCGCCGCCACCCUAUUCGCCGCUCGCCUAUCCAUCGGGCCGCCGCUGUGCCAAAGCCGCCGCCACCCUACUCGCCGCUGACGUAUUCAUCGGGCCGCCGCUGUGCCAAAGCCGCCGCCACCCUAUUCGUCGCUCGCCUAUUCAUCGGGCCGCCGCUGUGCCAAGCUGCCGCCACUACUAUUCGUCGCUCGCCUAUUCAUCGGGCCGCCGCUGUGCCAAAGCCGCCGCCACCCUAUUCGUCGCUCGCCUAUUCAUCGGGCCGCCGCUGUGCCAAGCUGCCGCCACUACUAUUCGUCGCUCGCCUAUUCAUCGGGCCGCCGCUGUGCCAAGCUGCCGCCACUCUAUUCGUCGCUCGCCUAUUCAUCGGGCCGCCGCUGUGCCAAGCUGCCACCACUGCUACCCGUUUAUUAACAUUUCGACUGAACUUUGUGAUUUAGUGUUCUUCGUAAAACGUUCUGAACGUGAUUUUAUUGUGUUUAGUGUAGUGUUUAGUGUUAUUUAAGGAAAUAAAUUUAUAACGUUUUAAGAAAAUAUUUUUGCUUCGCUCUCUCUCUCUCUUUAUGUCCUAACAAAUAAAUUUUUGUGACGACUCUGGCCCCCGCUGAACCUACCCCAGCUUCAAAGUGAAAACACGUCGUCACAAUGGCGCCCGAGCAGGGACUAUAAAAGAGAGAAAGAAUAAAUAAAUGAGUGAACAAUAAUUAGACAAAUACAGAUGAAAACCCAGUGAAAAAAAAAACAGUUAAAAAAAAAAAAAAAAACUGAAACAAGUAAAAAUAAUAAAAAAAAAAAAAAAAAAAAAAAAAAAAAAAAAUGUCAAACGAAAAGACAAUGUUGAAGGUCUCCUGGGCCUAUAUGCUAAAGCAAGAAGACUUGGUAACAUAUCUUACUGAAUUCAAUCUUGAUCCAGUUGGAAAAGUGGACGAUCUCCGAAAAAGAUGGGCUAAAUUUCUCCACAACGACCAUGAAGCCGAUGUAUACAGACGGCUUAUAGAGUUGCAGAACAAACAUGAAAGUACCAGUCCGACCAAAUCGCCGACAUUGCGAGCCGUCACAAAACAACCCCUUAUAACCGUAACACCGUGUGGAGCAGAAGCAAUAGUAUUAUCCCCAAUAAAAACAGAGUACGCCCUUCCCCACAUUUCCGCGGAAAGGUCACAUGGAGAGUCAAGCACAGGGGUAACAAACGAUCAAAAAGUACAGAAGAUGUCGCCAACAAACCCCGAAUAUGGAUUUCAAAAAGAUUCUCCGCCCAAGCCAUCCAAUAAUUCGUCGUUACUCGUAAUUCUCGACCAAAUCCGAAAAUGGAAUAUUACUUUUGAAAAUGGAAUGGACCCUAUUGGAUUCGUAGAACGUGUAGAAGAAAUGGCUGAAAUGUACAUCGUGGAAUUGAAUCAAAUAAUUAAAGUAAUGCCAGAGUUGUUACGAGGUAAAGCUUUAAUCUGGCUAAGGAACAACAACCGACACUGGACUACCUGGAACGAAUUUAAGAGUGAUUUUCUGAAAUUCUUUUUGCCACCGAGAUACUUUGAGAAAUUGGAGGAUGAAAUUAGGAGAAGGAUACAGCGUAAUAAGGAGCCGUUUAAGGAAUAUGUACUCUCUAUACAGCAUCUUAUGCAGCACACCAAUAUGACCGAAGAACAAAAAUUGGAACGAAUUUUUAGAAACGCGCAUUCGGAUUAUCAAUGGUACAUUCGCCGUAAAGACUUUACCACACUUUCGGAAUUGAUCUCCUUGGCAGACGAACUCGAAAGCAUACCAAAUAAUUCUCGGUCAGAACAGCCUCGAAAUCAACAAAACUAUAAUCGACGUGCGGACAACUCUAGAAAUAACCUGUAUUGCACCAAUCAAGGUGACCAAGUGCUAAACGAAAGCUCAUCCAAUCCAGAAACGCAGCAGGAUGAACCCCCGGCAAAGAAGAGUAACCAGAAUAUUACCUCAUUGCAAUGUGAAGAAUAUCGCCUUACUGCAACUGUCUUAAUAGAGGGGAAAGCUAUUAAAGCAACUGUCGACACGGGUGCCACUAGCUGUUUUAUAAAAAGAGAAUUUGCGGAAAAAAUCAAGAAAAGGUUUACUUAUUCACGGCAUGAGGCAAAUGUUAUCCUCGCAGACGGCACCACGGUGAACAUCACAAGAUCAACAGUGUUACCUGUUACAUUUGGAAACCAAAGCUCAGAUGUUACAUUUCUCAUCAUGCCGCAAUUCAAGGAAAACAUCAUAUUGGGAUUGGAAUUUCUAAAACAGUUCCACACGACCAUUCACUGCGCCGGUAUAAGUGUCAAAUUAAGUAAGCCAACCACAUCAACGGAGCAUUGUACCGUGGCUAUAGGAGAGGAAACCCCAUCAAAAGAGACAUUAAAUUGACAAUACCCAAACUAAUCAGUGUCCUAAUAUAAGCCCAUACUGCAAAGACCAUCGCAAUUCUCAAAAUUUCAACAUCACGAUGGAGCAAGAUAGCCCCAACACGAAAAAAUUCAAACGGGCGAAGGAGAAAUUUCGAGCUCAUCUGGAACAAGUCGAGGCUCAAAGGCGAAGGACAAUAUUUUUAGACGAAGGUCCUAGUACCGCAUAAUAAUAUCAGCAGACGGGGUAGUGAAGGUAUCUCUCCGAACUUCUGCAAUUGGUCUCUAACAUACCUUCCUAUUCGACCGAGAUAUAGUCGAACCAAAGUGCCCAUGUCGGAGAAAUAAAAGGUUACAUAACACCCUAGGGCUUCCUGGCUAUUGAAACCCAAUAGCAAUAGAGACAGCAAAUCAAGGAAUCAAAAAUCAGAGGGAGGAAGAGAUGCCAUGUAACGCCCAAAAGUCAUGCUUUCGUUUUUGGGGUACAUUAUUAUUUUAAAUACCAUUUUUACUUACUUAUGUUAUAUACAUCAACUAUGAAUUAUAUUUUUUUUGUUUGAAAAUGCAUUAAAAUAUUUAAGUUAUGAAUUAAACUAAUAGCUACUCAGGGUCAUGUAAUUUAAAUGUAUUUGAAUAUUAACGGUCACACAGGUCCCCUAGUAGAAAGAAGUAUACUUAAAAUACAACAUUGGAACCCCUGGUGGCAAAUGGCGGAACUACGAAAAACUGUCAGAUUGGGAUCAGCUGCUGUCAUGAGAAAACAACAAUCGUUGUCCAGCCAAAAAGGUAUAAAAGGAGACGCAUUUCACACAAUCGGAUUCAGUCUUCUGUUGAUGGCUGGUAAGUCAAGUGUGAUUGGGAGGAAGAAAAGGCGCGCAACCUCGGUUGAAUUGAGUCUUAGUAAGCCAAACAAUAAGCCUUGACUAUUUGUGGAGACUGGACUGGACUGAACGCAGGGUCAAGUGAGGGUUGUAGCAAUACUCCCUAUUCUUCGGGCUGCGUUGACGGCGACUGAACGCAGGGUCAAGUGAGGGUUGUAGCAAUACUCCCUAUUCUUCGGGCUGCGUUGACGGCGACUGAACGCAGGGUCAAGUGAGGGUUGUAGCAAUACUCCCUAUUCUUCGGGCUGCGUUGACGGCGACUGAACGCAGGGUCAAGUGAGGGUUGUAGCAAUACUCCCUAUUCUUCGGGCUGCGUUGACGGCGACUGAACGCAGGGUCAAGUGAGGGUUGUAGCAAUACUCCCUAUUCUUCGGGCUGCGUUGACGGCGACUGAACGCAGGGUCAAGUGAGGGUUGUAGCAAUACUCCCUAUUCUUCGGGCUGCGUUGACGGCGACUGACGUACUCAUCGGGCUGCUGCUGUGCCAAAGCUGCCGCCACCCGAUUCGUCGUGCGCGUAUUCAUCAGGCCGCCGCUGUGCCAAGCUGCCGCCACUACUACUCGCCGCUGACGUAUUCAUCGGGCCGCCGCUGUGCCAAAGCCGCCGCCACCCUACUCGCCGCUGACGUAUUCAUCGGGCCGCCGCUGUGCCAAAGCCGCCGCCACCCUAUUCGCCGCUCGCCUAUCCAUCGGGCCGCCGCUGUGCCAAAGCCGCCGCCACCCUACUCGCCGCUGACGUAUUCAUCGGGCCGCCGCUGUGCCAAAGCCGCCGCCACCCUAUUCGCCGCUCGCCUAUCCAUCGGGCCGCCGCUGUGCCAAAGCCGCCGCCACCCUACUCGCCGCUGACGUAUUCAUCGGGCCGCCGCUGUGCCAAAGCCGCCGCCACCCUAUUCGUCGCUCGCCUAUUCAUCGGGCCGCCGCUGUGCCAAGCUGCCGCCACUACUAUUCGUCGCUCGCCUAUUCAUCGGGCCGCCGCUGUGCCAAAGCCGCCGCCACCCUAUUCGUCGCUCGCCUAUUCAUCGGGCCGCCGCUGUGCCAAGCUGCCGCCACUCUAUUCGUCGCUCGCCUAUUCAUCGGGCCGCCGCUGUGCCAAGCUGCCACCACUGCUACCCGUUUAUUAACAUUUCGACUGAACUUUGUGAUUUAGUGUUCUUCGUAAAACGUUCUGAACGUGAUUUUAUUGUGUUUAGUGUAGUGUUUAGUGUUAUUUAAGGAAAUAAAUUUAUAACGUUUUAAGAAAA